GCAAUAAGCAAACAUGGCGGCGGCCGUCGACAGUGUUGUGAAAGUUGUCCAACUUCCACAUUUCAGGCUGGGAGAGCAGUAUUACAGAGAUGCCAUUGAGCAGUGUCACAGUUACAACGCCCGUCUGUGUGCGGAGCGCAGCAUCCUCAUGCCUUUCCUGGACUCCCAGACUGGUGUGGCCCAGUCCAACUGUUACAUCUGGAUGGAGAAGAGACACCGCAGUGCAGGUGUAGCUCCUGGACAGCUGUACACCUAUCCAGCUCGUCGCUGGAGAAAGAAACGGCGUUCUCAUCCCCCUGAGGACCCGCGCCUGGCCUUCCCUACUCUGAAAGCAGCAGCUGAUUUGGAGCUGGGUUUGAAGCGAGAUGCUCUGGGAGCAGUGGAUGGCAGCAGUUUGGAGGCCCUGCUGAAAGGAGAGCCCCUCGACAGGAGGAGCGGCGUGUCGGACCUCCGCGGCUCGGAGGACGAUGCAGCCACCGUGGAGCCUCCCGCUACGUCGGCAGCCACUCACACGUCCUCUGGGCGCAUCCGUAAGCGAGUCCUAGACCACGACGACUACUUGGAUGACCUGGAUGACGAAGACUUUGAGGAUGAGACCCCCAAGAGGCGAGGAAAAAGCAAGUCCAAGGGUCGAAGUGACAAGAACGGGAAAAAGAAAACGGAGGCUGCCGCCGCAGCGCUGGAGGAGCGCGAUAAGCCGUACGCCUGCGACAUCUGUGGGAAGCGCUACAAGAACCGUCCCGGCCUGAGCUACCACUAUACACACUCUCACCUGGCCGAGGAGGAGGGCGAGGACCGCGAGGAGAUCGAGGCACCACCCACUCCUCGCCAGCCUGAGGAGCAGAAGACAACUAAGAAGGGUCCCAAUGGUCUGGCUCUGCCCAACGACUACUGUGACUUCUGCCUGGGAGACUCCACCUUAAACCAGAAGACCGGCCAGUCCGAGGAGCUGGUGUCCUGCUCAGACUGCGGACGCUCAGGCCACCCGACGUGCCUGCAGUUCACCCCGGUGAUGAUGGCGGCAGUGAAGACCUACCGCUGGCAGUGCAUCGAGUGCAAGUGCUGCAACGUCUGCGGCACCUCGGAGAACGACGACCAGCUGCUGUUCUGCGAUGACUGUGACCGAGGCUACCACAUGUACUGCCUAACUCCCCCCAUGACCGAACCCCCGGAGGGGAGCUGGAGCUGCCACCUGUGCCUGGCUCUGCUCAAGGACAAAGCCUCCAUAUACCAGCAGAACCAGAGCUCCGCCCCCGAGUGACACCGCACCGGACCCCCCAACACCCCCACCCCCACCCCACAACACUAUGACACCCAGCAUCCUCCCCCCCCCCCCCACCCCCCCCUGCCUCCGAUCGAAACGUCAGACCUCCUGUCAGUGCGGAGAUGUAGCUGAGUCCAGGCGACAGACGAGCUUCAGAAGAGCUUCAUAUCUACAGCACCACCGGGGGGGGGUUCAGAACCCCGCACCACACGGCGCGGGGGGGGGGGUCGAACCGACACAACCAACCUGCCUGCAAAGACCCAAAUCACACAACACACUGUGUGUAAAUAUGGUAUAUAUACACACACACACACACACACACGCACACAUGUACAUACACACUACAUCCAGUGGCAGCGCUCAUGCGGUUACCAUAGUAACUGCUAUCUCCAUGAGCGCUACCUGGGGGAAAGAAAAAAAAAAUAACAGAUUAGCAUUGAAGCUAAUGAUCUGCACCCUCUCACACUCACAGCGCGGACUGUCGAGACAACCGUUUUUCUUCUGCCAAAUUCUCUAUUUUUACUCCCUGAGAGUGACGACAGGAAGACGUCACCACAUAUACGGUCAAGAAAUAUUAUUAUUACAGUUAUUAAUAUUAUUAUUGUUAUUGUUCUGGUUACUAGUGGGCUUUCGUAGUGGCAUUUGUCUGUGUAUGUAUGUCUGAUCCAUCGGAGUGUUUCAUCCUUUGAAGAGGACGGGUCAGUGCCAAGAUCCACCGUCAUAUGAAAUACACACCACUCCGACAGGACCGUGAAUCGCCGUCAGUCACACACUGAGGUGGUCGCAUAACAUGACACUUCCGUAUUGGAUUAUGUUACUCCGUAGUCAGUUCAUCCAAACACUACAAAACUGAGCAGAUCAUACGUUUUGUUUCAGCCUCACAACCAAGCUUGCCUUUUUUUUUGGUCAUUGCUCUUUUUUUUUCUUUUCGAGAAACUCAUCAUUAUUCCGUAUUUUAGGUCACUCUAAGUCAGAGACGUGAAACGUGGCCACCGGGACACGGCGUUUUUGAAUUAGUUUAGCAGUGGCAUCAUCUUUUCACUCACCAUGUGAAACAACUGCAAUUGAACCGACGACACAGAGUCAUUAACGGACUGUAGCUGCUUUAACCGUUUGUCACACUGAGGUGGAUUUGCAUGCGGAUUGCACCUGUAUGAAUGCACACACUCAUCACAAGUGUUAUUUCUGUUGUUGUAUUUGUAUUUUUAUUUUAUUAUUUUCAUUUUUUACACAUUUUGUAUUACCUGAUAUUCCAUUGGUAUUGGGAGUAUUUUCUAGUAGAAUUUUGUAAAGUCUAUGGUAUAGCAGACACUUCAAUAUAUAGCUCCUGAUGCAUUCUAUGUACUGUAUUGACCUUUUCUAUUUUUGUUAUGACUGUGACAUGUUCGAAUUUAUUUGGUUUUUUUCUGAUAUGUCAAACCUCCAUUAUGAGUAUUUGUAAGAUGAUGUACUUUGUUGUACUAUUUUUAUUUUUACAUUCUUUUGGUAUUGAUGCUGAUUUAGCCCGACAAUAAAAAAAAAAUCACUUUGAA